AUGUUCGACACGGUCUGCACGCUGCCGCUCUCCUCAGACUUGUUCACGCAGGCUAUUCACCCUAACGAGCCCGUCGUGUCGGUCGGUCUGGCUGCGGGGCAUGUUCAAACAUUCCGGUUGCCGGCGGAAGAGACUGAUAUCGACGAUGAUGGCGCAUCGACUGCGUCCUCACGCAAUGGAAAGGGCCACAUCGAUACUAUGUGGAAGACAAGGCGGCAUAAGGGCAGCUGCCGGUGCUUGGGUUUCAGCAUUGACGGCGAGAUGCUGUACUCUGCUGGCACGGACGGCCUGGUGAAGAUCGCCAAAUCAGAGAGUGGGCAGGUGGUGAACAAAAUCGCAAUUCCUCUGGAGAAGACUGGAUCUGUCGAUGCGCCAACCGUGAUCCAUGCUCUCUCUCCUCAAACUCUUCUGCUUGCUACCGACUCGAGCGCAUUGCACCUCUACGACCUCCGCAUUCCUUACUCCAAGGUGUCUGCGCGUCCCGAGCAGUCGCAUCACCCCCACGAUGACUACAUCUCCUCUCUGACCCCUCUUCCUGCCUCUGACACCAGCACCUCCGGCUUCAGCAAACAGUGGGUGACAACUGGCGGCACAACGUUGGCGGUGACUGAUCUGCGCCGGGGCGUCCUGGUACGCAGUGAAGAUCAGGAGGAGGAAUUGAUUAGCUCCGCAUACAUUGGCGGCCUGGCCAGCAGCGGUACCAGCCGCGGCGAGAAAGUGGCAGUAGGUGGGUCGAAUGGCAUCCUUACGCUCUGGGAGAAGGGCGCCUGGGACGACCAGGACGAGCGAAUCUACGUCCAGCCCGAUGCAGGUGGCGCCGAGUCCAUCGAGACCCUGAUAGCGGUGCCGGAUGAGCUAGGCAAGGGCAAGAUGUUGGCCGCCGGCCUAGGCAAUGGACUCGUGAAAUUCAUCCGCAUCGGUCCUAACAAGGUCUCUUCGGAGGUUGUCCACGACGAGACCGAGGGCGUGGUCGGUUUAGGCUUUGACGUGGAAGGCCGCAUGGUCACCGGUGGUGGUCAAAUUGUCAAAGUCUGGCACGAGGCCGGCAGUGGGGGCAGAGACGGCUUGGCGGGUGAAAAGCACAUGCUCGGUGACAGCGACGACAGCGACGAUGAUUCUGAUGACAGCGAUGCUGAAGAGCGACCGAAUGCGAAUGCGGAUGCGAACGAUCGCAAGAAGCGCAAGAAGGGCAAGUCGGGCCGUGGCACUGGACCGGACGUCUUGGCUUUUGACAUGGACUAA